AUGUAUGAUUUAGACAAUGAUGGGUAUAUAUCAAGGCAAGAUUUAAUUGAAGUGCUUACGGCAAUAUAUGCAAUGAUUGGAUCAGCUGUUGAAUUUAACGACUCUGAAGCUACACCAGAAAGGCGAACAGAGAAAAUUUUUCAACUGAUGGAUUUAGACAGAGAUGAUCGUCUUUCAUUGGAUGAAUUUAUUAGCGGUGUACAAAACGACAAACUGUUAAUGCGUCUACUCACCUUGAAUACACAUCCAUCGCAUAAUCAUCAACACCAACAGUCUUGUUGUCCGCCUGAUUCGCUGAUAAAUGGGUCAAAUGAUAAUAAAAUAUUAUCAACAGUGAAUACUUGUCAUUAUUCAACAGAUGAUGGUAAUGAUGUUCAUGAUCAUGAUCAUUGUACAGACAGAUAUAGAAGAAGAUUAUUUGUCAAGAUAUCUUCAAUGGGAUACUUGUGA